UUAAGACAAAACGUGUUCUUUGUUUGUGUCUUUCUCUUAGUUACAAUUAUAAUAGCGAAGAUGAUUCAUAUUCUUCUCUUCUUCUGUAAUCCCAGUAAUGUAACAAUUCACAAAAGGCAUAUACCCUUUUUUCCCAUUUGCAAAUUCCUUGUGUUAGGGGUUUUGUGGAAUUGUAUGGUUCACAAAACCGGAUUCCUCUCCCUCCCUCUCUCCCCUUCAUGUUCACAUAAUCCAUUAAAGGAAAAAAGCAAAGCAAAGCAUCUUCUUCUUCCUUCUGAAUUUUACUUAUCAAUAGUGAAACACCUCAUCACAAGCAAGGAAUCCAGGAUCUGAAGGCCAUACUUGGCAACCAACCAUGAGUGCAGAUACUACUGUAUCAAGUUAUUGGUUGAAUUGGAGGUUCUUUUUGUGUGUACUAUGGAUUUUCUCCUCUAUGGCUUUAGCAUCUUAUCUACUAUGGAGAUACGAAGGAUUCGAUCAAUCGGAGCCAGAGAGCACAGAUGAUCAGCCAGAACCGGCUUCAUUGGUUUAUGAAGAUGAAGCAUGGAAUACAUGUCUUAUUGGAAUUGAUCCUUCUUGGCUGCUAAGUUACAGAAUCAUUUCAUUUCUUGUGCUUUUGGCUUUGAUCAUCGCCAACGUUGCGGCCGAUGGAGCAGAAAUUUUUUACUUCUACACUCAGUAAGCUUCGAUGGACCUUUGUUUUGGUCAUCAUUUACUUUGGGGUUGGAUCAUGUUUCUCCUUUUAUGGAUGUUAUUAUAAACAAAAUAAAAUUGAAGGUAGCACAGUGAAUCAUGCUUAUUUGGAUGCAGAGCAAGGCAUUCCCAAGAGUCCAAAUGUUCAUCAGCAUCCCCAUGCUCGCGAAAUUGCCGGUGCAUGGGGUUACAUUUUCCAAAUAAUUUUUCAGAUUUGUGCAGGUGCUGUAAUGCUCACUGACACUGUGUUCUGGCUUAUCCUCUAUCCGUUGCUGACAGCCAAAGACUACAAUCUCGAUAUUUUUAUGUUUUUCAUGCAUUCCAUUAACGUUGUUUUCCUGCUCGGUGACACAACACUGAAUUGCAUGAGAUUUCCAAAGUUUCGAUUUGCAUAUUUUAUGCUGUGGACGUGCAUAUUUGUGAUUUUUCAGUGGAUCCUCCAUGCUUGUGUUUCAAUGUGGUGGCCUUAUCCUUUUCUUGACUUGUCAUCCUCAUUUGCACCGUUAUGGUACCUAGCCGUGGCUUUAAUGCAUAUUCCAUGCUACGGCAUAUUCUCCAUACUAGUGAGGCUGAAGCAUUAUUGGUUAUCAAGAUCGUUUCCUGGGUCCUGCCGUUUUGUUCCCUGGUAGAACAUUAAUGAUUAAUCCACAAUGUUAAUCAACCAUUGGUCUUGGCCUUCUAUGGAUUAGGUUUAGGCAAUACCAUACGAUACACCAAAAAGAAUAGCAAAUUUUCAUAGAUUGUUCCAUUUUUUUAGAUAAGGGACGAAAAUUUAUAUUUCAAAAUUAGUGUAAAUUGUUUUUCUAUUUCAAAACUAACUGUAUAUGAGUACGAUUUGAGUCUGAGCAACACUGUUCUGGAAUGAUGAGUUGAAUUUUAAUACA